CGCAUGGGGAAGGAGCGCGGCGCGGCGAGGCACGGCGCUUGCCGCUUCUCUUUGCGGAGCGCUGCCAGCUCUUCCUGGAAGUCCUGAGUCGCGCACGGCGCAGUGAGUUCAUGCACCUCCUCGCCAAGCCUCAGCCUGCGGGUUCUGAGGAGGCUGCCGCCAGCAAACCGCCCGGUCCCCCGCGCCCUCUCGCCGCCGCUCGGGGGUCUCUCCCGGAGGCCCCCGCCGCCGCCCCCUCACACAUGAAGAUGUACGUGCAAAGGGCGCUGGUACUGCUCUCCCUGCUGAGCUUCGCUACCGUGAGCCUCUCGCUGUCGUCCUGCACCACCUUGGACCUGGAUCACAUCAAGAAGAAGAGGGUAGAGGCCAUCCGAGGGCAGAUCCUGAGCAAGCUGCGGCUCACCAGCCCGCCGGAGACCGUGGGGCCGGCCCAUGUGCCCUACCAGAUCCUGGCCCUCUAUAACAGCACUCGGGAGCUGCUGGAGGAGAUGGAGGAGGAGAAGGAAGAGAGCUGCUCUCAGGACAACACCGAGUCCGAAUACUAUGCCAAAGAGAUUCAUAAAUUUGACAUGAUCCAGGGCCUCCCUGAGCACAAUGAGUUGGGCAUUUGUCCAAAAGGUGUCACCUCCAAUGUGUUCCGCUUUAAUGUGUCGUCAGCAGAGAAGAACAGCACCAACCUAUUCCGGGCUGAGUUUCGGGUGCUGCGUGUGCCCAACCCAAGUUCCAAACGCAGUGAGCAGCGCAUUGAGCUCUUCCAGAUCCUUCGGCCAGAUGAGCACAUAGCGAAGCAGCGGUACCUCAGUGGCAGGAAUGUGCAGACACGGGGCUCCCCUGAGUGGCUGUCCUUCGAUGUCACCGAGACCGUGCGUGAGUGGCUUCUGCACAGAGAGUCCAAUCUUGGCCUGGAAAUUAGCAUACACUGUCCUUGCCAUACUUUUCAGGCCAAUGGGGACAUCUUGGAGAAUUUGCAUGAAGUCCUGGAGAUCAAGUUCAAAGGCAUUGACAGUGAGGAUGACUAUGGCCGUGGGGACUUGGGACGCCUGAAGAAGCAGAAGGACUUGCAUAAUCCCCACCUCAUCUUGAUGAUGUUACCCCCACAUCGACUGGAGAGCCCUGUGUUGGGAAGCCAAAGAAAGAAACGGGCCCUGGAUACCAACUACUGUUUCCGGAACCUGGAGGAGAACUGCUGUGUGCGUCCUCUGUACAUUGACUUCCGACAGGACCUUGGCUGGAAAUGGGUCCAUGAGCCUAAGGGCUACUUUGCGAACUUUUGUUCAGGCCCUUGUCCGUACCUUCGCAGCGCAGACACCACUCACAGCACGGUGCUGGGUUUAUAUAAUACGCUGAACCCUGAGGCAUCUGCUUCGCCCUGCUGUGUUCCCCAGGACCUGGAGCCACUCACUAUCUUGUACUAUGUCGGGAGGACCCCCAAAGUGGAGCAGCUCUCCAACAUGGUGGUGAAAUCUUGCAAGUGCAGCUGAAAGGCCCCUGGCCCACCCAAAGCCAAGGAAAAAACUGUCAGCACCCACUCUCCUGCUUCCAGGCUAACACAGAGAACUGGGGAUCAGAGACUACGCAUGCUGAGGGCCAAGUGCCAAACCUUGAGAGUUUGGCAGCCCUUGGGGAUUUCUUCUGGAACACUCCUUGGUCGUCUUGGCAGUGUAAUGUUCCUUCUAGGAAGUACUUUGGUGACACAAAGGCCACACUCUCCAAAAUGGCUGGACAGCUGGUGCAGAAGAAAAGGAUAACGUGGAAGAACUGCAGUGUAUUUGAAUGCUGGGUGGUUGAGAUGGGAAAGCAAGAGAAUGAGAAAGCAGAUGAAAGGCAGAAUGAAAAAGGGGAGAUGUUUUCUAUUCUUGCUUUAACUAUCUUAAGACCUCAGCACUCCCCAUUAGCCUGAAGUAUUGAAGGUUUUCCCUGUAGGAGGAAUUUUUGAAGGUUUCCUUAGAGAAGGAAAAUGCACCAAGCAGGGAAGCUGCUAAGAGAAGUGCUCAGAGAUACACUUAAGACUUUGUCCCUCAGAGCUCUGGUCCUGGAGUCCUGCAGCUGAAACUGUGUCUGCCAAAGCCUCCAAGUUCAGUUGACAGAUCCUGGCUAUUGCGUUCCAAAUGCAAACUGCAAGGCUCCCAGUUAGCCUACCAAAGGUGGGCAAAUACAAGAAAAGAGGGUGCUGAGUCAAUUUUCAGAGGGACUGAAGUCUCCAUUCAGCUCUCUUACCUCCCUGGAGUUUUUCUAAGAGAUGAUUUUGCGGUCAGAGCAGGAGCAUCUGUGGGUACCUGAAUACUGGGCCUAUUCAUUUGUGAUCUGAUUACACCCUGAGGACCUCUUGUCUGUUAUGGUUUGUAAGGUGCUUUGGGGUGUUCUGCACCUGUUCUGCAUGAUGACCUGAACUUGGUCUCACCUGCCAAGACUUUAAAAAAUAGUAAUCUCAAAAACUUUGUAAAAAAUAAAUAUUUGGGGGGUGGGGGGAGAUGCUAAUUUUUUCACAAGGAAGUUUUUUGUUGGAGGGUUAGAUAAUUUGCUGGUUUUAAACUGCUACUGUUGUGGCAUAUUCAGUGUAAAUUUUUUACCCUUUCCAAAAUGUUUCUUCAAAAGAACAGAUAGAAUUUAGGUCAGCAAGAAAAUUCCAAAAUGGAAAUUUCUUAUUACCCUCAGACUGUACCUGGUGUAAAUGUGCCCUGUUCCAACCUAGUCCUUCAGACAUGUACAUCACUGUUGGCAUCUGCUUUUUAUAGAUUCAUAUAAAGCUCCCUUCAAACAUAAAACACUUUCAACAAUACUGUUUAAAUAUCCAAGACAAUGCAGUUGCCACAGCUGACAAAUGUUAUAUGUCCAUUUGAAGAUAUAUAUGGUCUGCCAGUACAGAUCUGCACAUCCAGGUAAAUAACACACCCUUCCUCUCAUGUACUGAUUUCAUGCUCAUAAAAAAUUACAGAUGCUGCCCAGGCAAGAAAUCAAUGUAGUCCUUUAAAUGGGCUUUUGCAGCCAUAGAUACUCCCAGAAGUAAAAAUCUUUGGUGCUGAAUGCCACAUGAGACCCAGAGGCUGUCUCUGACUUGACAAAACAGCUACUUAAAAGUCCUGUUCUAGAGACCACAGAGGUUCCACCCUGUCUCCUCCCAGUUCCUGGUCCCCAGCAACUGAGUGUAAAAUGACACCUAGCUCGUUAAUCACUUGUGUCCAGGGCUCUCCACGGUCAGCUCAGAAUCCAGCUCUUCCACCAAGCCCUUCACAAUAGUGGCUGCUUCCAUAUAGCUCAUGUGAGGCUGCCAAACAGUGUAAACUCAAAUAUCUUAAUAAACCAUAAACAGCCCCUCCUGAACCAUCACCAGCUGGAUAGAGGUUAGCAAGGGUGGGUCAAUGAAGGCAGCCUGCUAACCUUAUGCCAUUUUGGCUAGGGCAUAGAUGCCCUGAUAGAGGCACUCCCCAGUGCUUUAUCCUUUUCAUCUCUGGGGCUCCCUGACCUGUGUGAUUGGUGUGAUGAUGAAAGCUCUGAUCAAUCCUGCAGCACUAUAGUAUUGCUGUAUUGCUGUGCCCUAUGCACCUCUCAAUGCCCAGGCUUCCCUGCCACCUGCCCAGGGAGCAAAUAAAUGCAUUAUAACUACACCAUCAUGCUGACAGACAUGCCAGAAAUUCACUAGCUACAAGAGUGUGUGUGUGUGUGUGAGAGAGAGAGAAAGAAAGAGAGAGAGAGAGAGAGAGAGAGAAAUCCAGAUGCCUAUUGGCAUAGGAAUUCUCUCUGAUCUCCUUUUAGUAGCAGCCUCAAAGGAGGUUUUGGUUUACAAGCUGCAGUCUAUUCUUUGGUCAUCUGUCCUCCCGAGUCCUGGGCUGGCUUUGCUCUCCAUCCAACUGAAGGGCAUCCUCGCUAAUAAGCAGGGAAGCAAGGAGGGGGAGCUGCAAAGGGCUGAGCUAGAACACUUGCACACUCAAAGUUCUGUGUGGCACUUGGAGCACAUUGGAACCACCCAUGGAUUAACCCUGGCAGCCUCUUGAGAUGGGACUGUCUUAUUAGCCUUUGUUCACAGCUGCUCCUCAGUGACAGGAAGGAGCAGCAGGAAGACCAAGCCUUUUGCCUCUUGGCAAAGGAGACAAAAUGGCAAUGGAAAAUCGAGGUGAAGAGUCCUGGAGUGUCCAACCAGUAGACACAGGUAUACUCAUGGGAACAGUAAUUUUUGACAUCAAACACAUUUCAGUUACUGCUUUUCUGUUCAGCCUUCCAUUUCUGUAGCAACAUUUGAGAAUUAGAUUUGUGAGACGGGCUCUGAAUUAUUUUUCUUAAAACUGAAGUAACUUUUCUAGUGGUGUUUUAGCUAUAAUUGAGCAACAAACUAUACUAGCUACAUGGGGCUUAGUAAUAACAGAUUAAAUACAGUCCUGGGCACAAGUGUACCAAAAUGUUUCAGGACACUUGUGUGAGAAGGCAGAGGGCAGUUACUAUGCUGUUACUAGCUAGCAAAUUGAAGAAGACAAUGGGAAAGAAAAAGUGAGAUCUUCAUUGCCAACACUGAAUACAGCUCUCAACAGUUCCCUUUUGUUGUUUUCAGAAACAAACAAAAGCUGAUGAAAACAAUCCCAGCAUAGUUUGUCGCUUUAACAAAGAUCAAUGGUUACAAAGAGUGAAAAAAACCUAUUAUGCAGUGCCAUAAGGCAGAUCCUAUACAGAUGAUCAAACAACCAUCUGUGCAGUCCCUGUUUUUCUGUGGCAAACUAUUAUAGUAUGCAAAAGGCCUAGACCUGAACUUGAACACCUUGUUUUUAGGCUGCAAUGCACCAUAGAGCUCUGAGAGGAAUGCUGCUUCAGUGAGUAGAGAACGUACACUUUUACCUCAGCAAAGAAUGGUCUUUGCAGACUAAAUGAGUCUUUGUGCCCCAGACUUUGAAUUGGAUGUUCUUUAGCAAUCCCACUGCACUUCCAUAAAGCCCAUCCCUGUUACCACUGUGUGACUGGGAUAUGCUGCUCAAUGUUUCACCCUUCCUUAUGAACAACAGACAUCAAUACACUCAGUCAGAAAGCUGGACUGUGCCCAAAAGUAAUAAAAGACAAACAUACCUGUCCACUCCUCUAGCAACAUUAUAGCUCUGUUCUGCUGGGUCCUGGGAUGUCUUAUAUCUCUCUGUUGUGGCCAUCAAUUUUUAAUUUUCUCAGUUCACAGAUCCUUUUCUUAUCUUUCUGUGCUGCUCUAAAGCUUUCCUUAUCUGUGACUAGAAUGUCCUCACCAGAGCAAAUAUACAGGAGGUCUGGCUCAGGUUUCUUCGUAAAUGCAAUCACUACAGCCAUCCCAUGAAGAGGAUCCACUGCAAUGUCUUAGGAGGCAGAUGUCUUCAGUAUAUUCUCAAGUCCAAUUCAGGGUAGGUUGAAUAUCACAGUGACCAGGAUGCAACUCUAGAGACAGCUCCACUGUGCAGAAAAGGUUUUUUGCCCACUACAAGUGUUUCUAGUGGCAUACAAAAGAGUAUCUCUAUAAUACUGGCUUGUCUUCUCUAAUAGGUGAUUGAAAGGCAAUGUAGUCAAUCAUGAAAAUACAUGAUCAAUACAUAUAGAGUCAACAGUGUGGUAUGUACACACUUGGAAAAUUAUACUACUCUGUGGUCUUCUUGGCAGUCUAUAAUCUACAUUAAUUGUGUUUUAGAAUUAACAGUGGCAAUUUGUAUAUAGUGCAAGGAUGCAAAUAUGCCUUCUAAUUCUUUAAAAAUAACAUCUAUUAUUUUUUACAUUCAAAAUCAGUAGAAAAUAUUGGUCAAAAGCUGUAUAAAAUUACUGUGUUUAGUAAAAGAAAACCUGGACUUUCAGA